GUCCCGGGAUUCUCAAAGAAAAGCCUUGAAUACCAACUGAGAAAAGGUUGUAAGCUUGCUGAACAAGCUGAUAUCGCGAGGGUUCAUCAGUCGCAGUUGCGGAGCCUAGUUACGGGCAUGGCUCAAUCAAGGCCGAUCAGCUUCGUUAUCGACAUCUCUGCUGCUAUCUAUGAGGCGACAUCUGCUUCGUGGAAGAAACGACUCAAUGACUGGAUUGCGGUUCCGGUAGGCAUUCUGCUGAUGCUCUGUGCGAUUUGGGGGCUGGAUCGAUUGAUCGCGUUGACAGGGGUAUCAUUCCCUGCAAGUGUUGCAUGUCUUAUCAUCCUCUUCUUGUUCCUCAUUGCCUUCGAACUCGUUGCAGGGCGCAAGGUGAACGACGUCGUCAAGUGGAUUGAGGUUCCGGCAGGCUUCUGCCUGCGCUGGAUCAAUGUCCUGUUCACACCGUCUUUUAUCACGCUACCCUUAUCACCCGCAGUCGGCGGGGUAGAGAUUGUCAAGAUCGGUGUAGUAUUUCUGGUGGGCUUUUUGGUGGGUAUGCCUAUAACAGCAUACAGUGUACGAUUCCUCAGCCUCCUCUUUGGUACCUCGAAACGUGCCAUGACUGAGAGAGCCGAUGACGAUCCACGAGGCGAUGCAAUCCCAUUGCAAGACGUGGAUCCUCGAAAUGCAGAACCUGCGACACCAACCGAGAUUACCCCUGGGGCAAUGAGCCCUGAUGUUCCAAACGGAAUCAUCUCAGCGACAGACACCAGAAGAACGAGUGUGGACUAUGAAGAUCAAGAAGCGCAACCUAUCAUGUUCGGCCUUCCAUCUCCGCCCCGAGCAGCCAAUGUGUCCCGUCUUCGGGGAAUAGGGCCCGUAUGCUCACGAAUUGAGCAGAUUCUAACUGACAAACAAACGACAACGACGCAAGGUCCUACCAGGCAAUCGUCACUUCAUCCCGAGUGGACACCUUACACACGACGACGAGCCAUGACCGCAUGGAUCCUUGCCCACUUUGAUACACUCACGUACACGACGUUGUUUGGUGUUGGCUUAGUGGUCUACAUGCUCUCGGGUUAUGCCAUGCCCGUUCAGCUUCCCUUAAACAUUUUGGCUUUCUACGCUGCGUUCGCCAUCCCGAUAAAGAUCAAGCGGUUUAUUCACCCUAUUUUGACGUGCGCCGGCUUGAUGAUGCUCGGAGUAUUCAUAGUAACGCUGAUGCGCGGGGAGAGUUUUGACCAUGGGCUGCACCAGUAUUCAACGAAGACUAAAUAUCUGACCCUGUUCGAUCCGAACAGAUCCCACCGCGUGCCAGCACCUGGUGCCGGCGAUAUUCUUGGAAGCGUGCUUGACGCAUCAAUCGCAUCACUCGCAAUUCCGAUGUUUAAAUAUCGCAAGGAACUCGGUCGUCAUUUCCUGGAGGUUGUGAUCCCUUGCGUUGGCAUGGCUGUUGCAAGCUUUUUCCUUUACCCGUUGGUUUGCCAUGCAAUUGGUAUCUCUUCGACACGAAGCCUGAGUUUCGUGGCUCGCUCUGUAACUCUUGCUCUCGCGACACCUAUUGUUUCCAAUUUGGGCGGUGAUAUGUCGCUGCUGGUGGUAUUGGCUAUCUUAUCAGGCAUCUUAGGCGUCCUCAUCGGAGACCAACUGCUACGAUAUCUCCGCAUUCCUGAUGACGACUACGUGACGAGAGGGGUGGCUCUGGGUACAAAUGCUUCAGCGAUUUCGACGGCGCAUUUGCUCGUUACAGACCCAAGAGCAGCAGCUUUGAGUUGCGUUGCCUUUGCCAUCUAUGGUUUGACCAUGGUAAUCUUGAGUGCAAUCAGCCCAGUGGUAAAGGAAACGCGGGCAUUGGUAGGGCUAUCGUGAAAUCCUUGGUGAUAUACCAUCAUCGCACACUACAUUCAGCAAGCAUUAUCUACAUACUUAAUAGUGGUGAAUCUAGGUUAAUUGGAAGUAUGAAACUCAUCAAUGUUAUCGUACACUACUCUGAAAUAUCUGCCACUUUCUGUGAAUGCACAUGAAUACGUUCUCAAGUGCUUUCCCCACAAGAAAUUCAUAACUUUGCGCCGCC